AUGGUGCGCCCCACUAAACGCAAGUUGAAAGCGUACCAAUCAGCCCUGAAUCUCCCCGCAGGUGCCCCUGGCCCUGGUUCCCGCCCACCACGUGCUCCAGUCCCGGUUCCUGACGAUGAAGAUGCACCACCUCCUCCCCGCCGCCGUGCCCCACCACCACGACCACCUCCCCCGCCGCCGCCGCCGCCCAGGAGAACCUCGCAGAGGCAGACAAAGCUCAAGCAGGAGCCGCAACCAACACAGCCCGAACCGAAAUCCGCUACCAAAUCCGCUACAAAAGCCGCUACAAAAGCCGCGCCAAUACGGAAAGGAAGAGGGAAAGGCAAGGCAAAGCAAACACAGCUCCAGCCUGGAAAUGACGAUGAGGAUGAUGCGCUGGUCUUUCCUAGCGGGAAGAGCUUUGCGGUGGUUAUUGAUACUGGGCCCGCGAGGCGGAAGGAGCUCAAGAGAUACGUGCCUAUGGUUAUGUCCGAGGACGAUGAGGACACACCAAGGCCGAAACGGGCGCGGAGGGAAGACAAUGGCAAAGGCAAAGCAAGGGAACCAAUUGAGAUAGAUAGUGACUAUGGCGACGAUGAAGACGAAGAUGAGGCCGUCAUUACUUCCGGGCGCAAGAGAAAGGACAAGGGUAAGGAAAGAGCGCUCGUUCUCGAAUUGGACGAAGAGGAAGAAGAGGACCUGAAGGAGGAUCUGGCCUUCAUUGCGCCAAAGCGCCACGUGCUCUCAACCCGUACCCGCAACGCCGGCUCCGCUCCCAAACUCACUCCAUUCCAGAAGAAACUCAAAGAGCUCAAAGCAAAGCGUGCCGGCAUCACCAUUACCGAUAGCGAGUCCUCCGAAUCUCCCCGCGCCGCCCUUUACGACACCGACCCCUCCGACGCCUCCGGCGAAGAAAUACCCGAAGAAGACGGCGAAGAAGACGAGCCCCAUUACCCCCGCGCCGACGAUGACCUCGACAACGAAUCCUGGAUCAUCUCCGACGACGAAGAUGCCACAGCGCUCGGACAUCCUGACAACCAGGUCCCCAUCGAGUACACGCACCGCUCUCACCAGCCCCCGCGCGAGAACUUCAAAGUCGUCUGCCUCUGGAUGGUGCAGUACCUCCUCAAUCCAUCCUUCCCUAUCGACGACCCCAUCUCGCAGUUUGCCAUCGCCGCGCUCGACCGGCGCCUCGAGAGCAUGGGCGGCAGCGUGCUCCAGUCCGCCGCCUGGCAGCCCGAGUUUAUACGCGCGAUGCGCGCGCGCCCCGACUUCCACUCCAGGGUCUGCUCGGAGGGCCCGCAGAGGCCCACCUGCGAGGCGUGCCACAUCACGAGUCGGCCCGCGGCGUAUGUCGUGUAUUUCACGGGCGCGCGGUAUGACCGCGAGACGUUGGACGACCUGUCGCCUAGCGAUGCGGAGAAUAGCGAGGAUAGCGCAGGGUUCGAGAUUCCGGCCGAGACUAGGGACUUUUUUGUGGGCCGCUACUGCCACGAGAGGGCGAAGCUGACGCAUAUGUUUAUGCACUGGAAGAAGUCUCUGAGGGUGGCGAUGGAGUUUGCGUUGAAGGGUUUGGGAUAUUUUGAUGAGAAAUGGCAGAAUAAGGCGGCGAAGAUGAGUAUUGAGGAGCGCACGAGAUGGGCAAACCAGGUCACGGACGAUCUCGAGCCAGAGAUUAAGGCUCUCUGGUACGAUCUCAAGCGGAGCCUGACGCAAGCGGAGACCAAUAUGGCGAAUCAGGAGAGAGGAGGAUUCUGGCUUAAAUAA